AUGGAGGCACUGUUCGGUGCGCCAGCUGCUGGGGGGUUGUCGCCUGUCACCAACCUGACGGUCACCAUGGACCAGCUGCGGGGGCUGGGCAGUGAGUAUGAGCAGCCACUGGAGGUGAGAAACAACAGCAGUCUGCAGAGAAUGGGUUCCUCCGAGUCAACCGAUUCAGGUUUCUGUCUGGAUUCUCCUGGGCCUUUGGACAGUAAAGAGAACCUUGAAAAUCCUAUGAGGAGAAUAAAUUCCCUACCUCAGAAGCUUUUGGGAUGUAGCCCAGCUCUGAAGAGGAGCCAUUCUGAUUCUAUUGACCAUGACAUCUUUCAGCUCAUUGACCAGGAUGAGAACAAGGAAAAUGAAGCCUUUGAGUUUAAGAAGCCAAUAAGACCUGCAUCUCGUGGCUGCCUGCACUCUCAUGGACUUGAGGAGGGUAAAGAUCUCUUCACACAGAGGCAGAAUUCUGCCCCAGCUCAGAUGCUUUCCUCAAAUGAAAGAGAUAGCAACGAACCAGGAAAUUUUGUUCCUCUUUUUAUGCCCCAGUCACCUGUGACAGCCACUUUGUCUGACGAGGACGAUGGCUUCAUGGACCUUCUCGAUGGAGAGAAUCUGAAGAAUGAUGAAGAGACCCCGUCGUGCAUGGCAAGCCUCUGGACAGCUCCCCUUGUCAUGAGAAGAACUACGAACAUUGGAAAUCGAAGCAAGCUGUUUGACUUCCCUUCCCUGUGUAGCUCCAGCACUCGGUCAAUGUUAAAGAGACCAGAAAGAUCUCAAGAGGAGUCUCCACCCGGAAAUACAAAGCGAAGGAAGAGCAUGGCUGGGGCCAGUCCUGAAGAGGCAGCUAGUCCAGAGAAGACCCAUGAGGGUUAUCUCUUUCAUACAGUUGCUGGAAAGCAUCAGGAUCUAAAAUACAUCUCUCCAGAAAUUAUGGCAUCUGUUUUGAAUGGCAAGUUUGCCAGCCUCAUUAAAGAGUUUGUUAUUAUUGACUGCAGAUACCCAUAUGAAUAUGAGGGAGGCCACAUCAAGGGUGCAGUGAACUUGCACAUGGAAGAAGAGGUUGAAGACUUCUUACUCAAGAAGCCCAUUGUACCUACUGAUGGCAAGCGUGUCAUCGUCGUAUUCCACUGCGAGUUUUCUUCUGAGAGGGGCCCCCGCAUGUGCCGAUAUGUCAGAGAAAGAGAUCGGCUUGGUAAUGAAUACCCCAAACUCCACUACCCUGAGCUUUAUGUCCUGAAAGGGGGAUACAAGGAGUUCUUCCUGAAAUGCCAGUCUCACUGUGAGCCCCCCAGCUAUCGGCCCAUGCACCAUGAGGACUUUAAAGAAGACUUGAAGAAGUUCCGCACCAAGAGCAGGACCUGGGCAGGGGAAAGGAGCAAAAGGGAGAUGUACAGUCGUCUAAAGAAGCUCUGAAGACAGUGGUGCCAGACAGCAGCAGCCUGAGCAUCCCUCCCACUUUCCACUCUUUGCUGCAGAGAAACUUGAGCAAAGAGGCCAGUUGUGUGACAUUUGGAGAGAAGGCCUGGCGCUUCCCUGCCUUAAACCUACCUCCUACACUCCCAAGGUUGGAGCCCAGGGCAUCCUGCUGGGUGUACCCCUUCUGUCCCUGUAAGACGCCCUCCUUCCACAUCAGGACUGUCUGCCAAGGCUGUCACAUGUCACAGCACAGUUCUGAGCACCACAUCAAGCUGUUCUGACUCAUCAUCCUCCACAGCUGGAUGAAGCAGCAGUUGGGGCCUUACUGGGCUCUGGGCUCACGAGUGGAGGGGAAAGAAAGAGUAGAGAGGAGUAACAC